AAUGAGGUGAUAGAUAUUUUUGUGGGGGCUUGGAAGAUUGUGCAGAAAGCCAUGACUCCGAGAAUCUAGACGACCUGUGAAGUAAGAACAAAGAAAAGUAAAGUUUUGACCAAAUUAUUUUAUAUUAUUGAUGUGUAUACGGCAGGUAAAUCCGACAACAUCGUGAAUGGUAGAGGUCACCUAAUUUAACGGCGAAAUGGCAAAGUUACGAAGGCGAGAGUUUCACACAAAAAAUCUGGAUACUUUUUGAGAAAGAUGCAGUUUGAUGAGUCACAGGUUUUCUGUCUUCAAUAAAAUUUGGUUAAAAUAUUCUCUUCUUUCUUAAAUGUUCAGUAAUUACGCUUGAAUUGAGAGUAGAAAUUGUUCUUAUCAAUAACAAUAUUACGAAAAAUCUGCAAUGUACUAGUCAAUUACUGUUAAAAAAUUGAUGGGGUCACCAAAUUUCCGCAUUUAUCUAUUCCUCUGAAAUCUAUAAAACUGCCCAAUUGUCAAAAACUCCUAAAAACUCUCAAACACCCCUGACAAAUUUGCGGUCAUAGCCUAAUUUUCAGGCGCAAGGAGCUUCAUAAUCCAAAGUUUUCGGUCUAAAGCUGAGCAGAGGCAUUGGAUGGUCCUACUGAGCAGUUAGGAGAUUUUGCAUUACUUACUGAGGGGCAUUAAGUGAUUGAUGCUUUUAAAGUGGAUUGAACUGCAGUCCUUUCUAGUUAACAUCAAAUCUAUGGAAAGGUCAUUUUUGCGCCAUUUCAGCUGAAAUCCUCUACAAAUGAGUCAGAGUUCUUGGUCAUACAUUGUCUCUGUUGGCAUUUCUUCGCUACUCUGCACAUCCGUUCAGUGAUCAGCUUAACCUAAUUUGUUGAGGGUUUUGCAUAAUCAGUAGUAUUUGCUGAAAGAUUUUGCUCUGCUUUUAUGGGUACUCAGAUGAAUUAGGGGAGAGUUGAUGAGUAAGGAUGAAAGUAGAGAAAGGGGUGGAGAAGAAGGGGCGAACGCUUGUAGUGGGAGUGAAGUUGGCUACAGCUAGCAGGGAGGUGCUUACAUGGACACUGAUGAAGGUUGCCCGUCCUGGAGAUCAUGUGAUUGCCGUUCAUGCUGUUACUUCUUCACCCAACGAUUUAGUUGUAUCCAGGGGUUCACAGAAGGGCUACCAACAAUUUGCUAGCAACUUUGAUGCAAUAAUUGGAGUUUACGAGACUGUAUGCAACUUGAAAGAAGUGGGUCUCAAAGUCAAAAUCUCUCAUGGCCCUGUAAGGAAGGUGUUACUUGAAGAAACAAAGUAUUAUAAUGCCUCGAAGCUGAUUUUAGGCACAAGCAAGCACAAUGCUCUAGUGUCACCUAUUUCAUUGGCUAAGUACUGUGCCCAACGAUUACCAUCUACUUCCUCUGUAGUGGUUAUUGAUCAUGGAAAGGUUGCCUUCGAGAAGGAUGGAACACUGCCAAUAUCAGGAAUCGUGUCAGUUUGCAAGUCUUUGUGCGUUAAUGAAAAUCCUCCAGAUACAACAACUUCUUCUCCUCAAGAUUCUGAUUCUGACGCACAAGAUCGCCAAGAAGAGCAACAUACUGAAUCCCAAACUGACGGUUCAGAGAAUCUACUUUCUUCAACUGAAUCAUUUCAGAUGGUUGAAUCUCACGUCUCUGAAAGGGUUGUUGAAUCGGAUGUUUCGAACAAAAUCUCCGUGGGAGGAGAAGAGACAAGAAGUUCCCAUGAAUUGCCUGAAAAAUUAAAACUAUCAAGGUCAACUACAGAACCUGUUUCUCGGGAGAAACCUUCUUUUAGAUCUUCUUUCCUGCGCAUAGAAUCGUCUCCUGGAUGGCCACUGAGAAGGGUUGUUUCAAUGGAUAAGAUACUUACUCCUCGUAGCAAUGCUCGAGAAAUGUCUGUGGUUGAAUGGGCACUGAAUCUUCCUGGCAAGCGCAAACAGGCUAUAACAGAAGGGACCAUUAAUGAAUGUGGUGAAUUUGAGAGUCCAGAUCAGUUAAGUUCAAAAGAAAUCCACAAGGAUAAGAUUGAGCCUGGGAUGGAAAACCUCUCAUUGACAGAAAAGUUAAAGCUCAUUUGCAAAAUUAAGAGUUGCAAGGAGUUCGCAUAUAAGGUCUUGCAGUCUGCAACCUCCAACUUUUCUUCAGGGAAUCUUAUUGGAAAAGGAGGGUGUAGCAGAGUAUACAAAGGCGUUCUUCCUGAUGGGAAACCAGUGGCAGUAAAAUUUUUGAACAUUAUUCCAGAAGCAGAGCAAGAACUAUUCCUGGAAGUUGAGAUUAUGCUGGUCUUACAGCACAAAAACAUUGUUUCACUUAUUGGUUACUGUAUGUAUGGUCAAGAACGACUUCUUGUCUAUAACUUAAUGCCAAGAGGGAAUCUUGAGGAAAAUCUUCAUGUAAGAAAGGACAACGUUGUGAUUGCAUGGAAAGAAAGACUGAAAGUAGCUAUUGGAGUUGCAAAAGCAUUGGAUUACUUGCAUGAUGGAUGUCCUCGCUCCAUCAUCCAUAGGGACGUGAAAUCUUCCAAUAUUCUACUUUCAGAAAACUUUGAACCCCAGUUGUCAGACUUUGGACUGGCCAAAUGGGCGCCUACAUCUUCCUCAUGCACAAUUUGCAACGAUGUUAGUGGGACUUUUGGGUAUCUGGCUCCAGAGUAUUUCAUGUAUGGCAGAGUUAAUGCAAAGACAGAUAUAUACUCAUUUGGGGUGGUUCUUCUUGAGCUAAUAACUGGAAAAAGGCCAAUUCACACGAGAGAUCCUAAUCACAACGAGAGCCUGGUGAAGUGGGCAAGACCAUUACUAGAAGAAGGAUCGAUUGGAGAUUUGGUGGAUCCAAUUUUGGAAAAUGAUUAUGAUGAACGUGAAAUGCAAAGAAUGGUGCUUGCUGCUGCUCUUUGUAUAAGGAAGGCUCCUCGGUUUCGGCCAAGGAUGUCCCAGAUUUUGAAAUUGUUGGAAGGGGAGGGAAAUGACCCGGUAAAGUGGGCAAGGCACCAACUGAAAAUGUCUAAAUACAUUGAUAAUGACACAGCAGAUGAUGAGGAUGGAGAAAAUAAUGAGAGCCUUGAUAUUCAAACUCAUUUGAGUCUUGCAAUGCUUGGGGUGGAUGACGAUGUGGAGUCAUUUGACAGCAGUAAUCAAAGUAGUUCAGAUCUUCUGAAAAGAAUCAAGUCCUGGGAAGAGUUUCUGGAUGGACAAUUAAGCCGUUGAUCCAGCUUUUGCAAUGUGUAUAAACCACUUUUUAUUUUGCAUCACUCUAUCUGUUGAACCCUUCUAGACCUUUUUACCAAAGGCGGCAAGAAUUUCGGCCACUGUUUUUCACAGUAGAGCUUGUGUCCACCUUUGCAUCAUUGUUCAAAAGUAGUGUAAAAGACGAAAAUCAGUGUACAAAAAAUAUUUUGAGGCCUUGACAGAGAGAGCUUUAAGCAUUUCGCUUUCAAUAAUUUUGAUGUAAAACCUGUAAAGAUAUUCCCCGUAGUUGAGGUAGGAGAAGUCCUUGUUUGGCUUAUGCCCAUAUGGACAUUGUAGUUUAUAGGAAUGGAUUCGAUUGUUGAAUUCAUGUAUUUGAAACAUCAUGGUUUCUUCUUGGCCUUGCAUGGUUUUGAGAUGACACACAAUGUAAUGGAUUUCAAUUAAUAAAUGACUUGAUAUGUGUCAUCCUUUAAUUGAUGGCAAAAAGCAUUACAUUAUUCA